ACUCUGCUUUGUGAACGGGGCCUCCGGGGCCCGCGUAGCCUAGGAGCGGCCGCUGAGGAGCCGCCGCCGUCGCUUCGCUCGAGCUCCGGAGAGACCAUGGUCGCUCAGGCUCCGGCCGCCGGGCCUCCGCGCUCCCCGUGAAGGGUCGGAGGAUGCGCGGGAAGUAGCAGCCGUCUGCUGAGCGAGCGGGAGACGGAGACACCCCCCGGGGACCUUCUCGGAUCACCGCGCUUCUCCUGCGGGCCUCCAGGCCAAUGUGCAAUACCAACAUGUCUGUGUCUACCGAGGGUGCUGCAAGCACCUCACAGAUUCCAGCUUCGGAACAAGAGACUCUGGUUAGACCAAAACCAUUGCUUUUGAAAUUGUUAAAGUCUGUUGGAGCCCAAAAAGAUACUUACACUAUGAAAGAGAUUAUAUUUUAUAUUGGCCAGUAUAUUAUGACUAAGAGAUUAUAUGACGAAAAGCAGCAGCACAUUGUGUAUUGUUCAAAUGAUCUUCUAGGAGAUGUGUUUGGAGUCCCAAGUUUCUCUGUGAAGGAGCACAGGAAAAUAUAUGCAAUGAUCUACAGAAAUUUAGUGAUUGUAAGUCAGCAAAACCCUGGCACAUUGAUGAGUGAAAGCAGAUGUCAGCCUGAAGGUGGGAGUGACCUGAAGGACCCUGUGCAAGCGCCGCAAGAAGAGGAACCUUCAUCUUCUGAUUUAGUUUCUAGACCGUCUACCUCAUCUAGAAGGAGAUGCAUUAGUGAGACAGAAGAGAACACAGAUGAACUACCUGGUGAACGGCAAAGGAAGCGCCACAGAUCCCUGUCCUUUGAUGAGAGCCUGGGACUGUGUGAGCUGAGGGAGCUGUGCUGUGAAGGAAGUGGCAGCAGCGGCAGCAGUGGCGGCGGCAGCAGCAGUAGCAGCGAGUCUACAGAGACGCCCUCGCAUCAGGAUCUUGAGGAUGGUGUAAGUGAGCGUUCUGGUGAUUGCCUGGAUCAGGAUUCAGUUUCUGAUCAGUUUAGUGUGGAAUUUGAAGUUGAGUCUCUUGACUCGGAAGAUUACAGCCUGAGUGACGAAGGGCAUGAGCUCUCAGAUGAGGAUGACGAGGUCUAUCGGGUCACAGUCUAUCAGACAGGGGAGAGCGAUACAGACUCUUUUGAGGGAGAUCCUGAGAUUUCCUUAGCUGACUAUUGGAAAUGUACCUCAUGCAAUGAAAUGAAUCCUCCCCUUCCAUCACACUGCAAAAGAUGCUGGACCCUUCGUGAGAACUGGCUUCCAGAAGAUAAGGGGAAAGAUAAAGUGGGAAUCUCUGAAAAAGCCAAACUGGAAAACUCCACUCAGGCAGAAGAAGGCUUGGAUGUGCCUGAUGGCAAAAAGCUGACAGAGAGCGACGCCAAGGAGCCAUGUGCUGAGGAGGAGAGUGAGGAGAAGGCCGAGCAGACGUCCCUGUCCCAGGAGAGUGACGACUAUUCUCAACCGUCGACUUCCAGCAGCAUUGUGUAUAGCAGCCAAGAAAGCAUCAAAGAGUUGAGGGAGGAAACGCAGGACAGAGAGGAGAGUGUGGAAUCUAGCUUCUCCCUGAAUGCCAUCGAACCAUGUGUGAUCUGCCAGGGGAGGCCUAAAAAUGGCUGCAUUGUUCACGGCAAGACUGGACACCUCAUGUCAUGUUUCACGUGUGCAAAGAAGCUAAAGAAAAGAAACAAGCCUUGCCCAGUGUGCAGACAGCCAAUCCAAAUGAUUGUGCUAACUUACUUCAACUAGCUGACCUGCCCACAAAAAUAGAGUUUAUAUUUCUAACAAACUAAUCCCAAAUUAGACAACAUAGCUAUUAUUUUUAUACGUUAAAGCCAGAAAACUGUCUUAGUCCACAUUAAAUUCACUUACAAU